AUGGAGAGUGAUUGGGACCGAGUAAAAAGUCAAAUAGCUCAUAUGCUUGAUAGUAGGAUUGCUCCAAUAGAGCAAGAACUUGAACAGCAACGUGCGUUGGUAAGUCAGCUUACCCAAGUAAUUCAAACUCUGACAGGAGCUCUUGAUGUAUCCCCGCCUCAAUCACUUGUCAAACCUGCUGAAAAGGUAGUACCAAGCCCACCAGCUGCAGUUGUUGAAAAUCAUGAUCACCAGCAGCCAGAACAUACUGAAGACCAAGUUCAAGAAGCUCCAAAGGAAGCGGAAAAAAUUACAGAAGAUGUUGAACCUCCAAAAAGUGAAGAAGAACAGAAAGAAGAAGAAAAACAUGAAGAGCCGCGUGAAGAAAAGCAUGAAGAAAAGCAUGAAGAAGAGCAAAAAGAGGUUCUUGAAGAAGUCCACGCUGCUGAAACAGAAGAGCCGAAAAUUGAAGAAAAAGCUGCAGAAUCUGUUGAGCCAGAGACUAAACAUGAAGAGGUUAAAGUGGAAGAAAAACCAAAAGAGGCCCCGAAAGAAGAAAAGAAAAAACUUCCAGCUCCAAAAGGGAAAAUUGAGACCCAUGCAAAAAAAGUUGAGGAAGAGAAAAAAACUAUUAAAAAGGUAGGCAAAAAAUAA